UGCGUUUCCUGUUCCGCUCUCACCCUGGCUUCAGAUAAAAAAUGCCGAGCCACGCCGAGCGACCAUUCGCUGGUUGCUUCCGCGCACGAGCAACCGCCACAGCCGCAGCAACAUCAGCAGCAGCCAGCGUCGGGCUCACCCGGCCACGCCGCCAUGGAUGCCCUCCGUCGCUGGCGCCCCGCGGUCAAGGGGGCCACGCCCACAGCGCCCGCGGACGACCCGACCGCCGGGGGCCGCCACGAGCGCGCCAUGAUGGUCGCCCUGCUGGUCAACAUGUCGGCGGGCACGGCGCUGGGCUACGCCUCCGUGUCCAUGCCCCGCAUCGAGCUCGAGUCCUGGUACAACCUGCAGCCCCAGGCGCACGUGAACCAGUCGGUCGCCGACAUCCUGCUUCUCGGGGCUGCCGCUGGAGCGCUGUUCUCCGGGCAGCUGCUCCACCUACUGGGCACCAGAAUAACGUUGCUGCUGUCCGCCUUCGGACAAAUCAACUCCUGGAUAUGCGUCGUCGUGUCCAACAAUGUCACCAUGCUGUUCAUUGGUCGCGUAACGUGCGGCAUCUGGCUCGGUGUCUCCGCCAACUCUGUGAGCCUCUACAUCUGCGACGUGGCCCCUCCCACCAAGAGGACCUUCUUUGGCGCGCUCACCGAGGAUGCUGUCGGUGUGCCUGCUGCUGAACCUGCUGCAGAACAUGUCGUGCGCACAGCUCGUGCUGCUGCGCGCCGUGCAGGUAGUGGGCCCCCUGGUGGACGUGACGGAACCACACGAGUCAGCCUGCCUGGUGCUCGCCAUGCACGUCAGCUGCGCGACCCUGUUCGCCGCCCUGACCCGCUACAUAGGCCGCCGCCAGCUGCUCACCUUCUCGGCAGUGCUGGUCGCCGGCGUCCUGUCCACCUUGCGUCCGUUCGAUUACAUCGUCUUCAGGUUAGCUCGCCCAUCGCAAGCCCCAGCCACUGGUCGCCCGCUCAGGCCAGCACAACCAGGUUCGACGCCUUGUGCUCCGUCUGCCUGCUAGUGCUGGCCUACUCGACGGGCCUGUGCCACGUUCCUUCGCUGGUGAUCAGCGAGCUGCUGCCCUUGAAGAGGUGGCGCUACCUGAGCGCCUCGCUCGUCUGGGAGCUGCUGAGGGCCGGCGACUUCGAGAGCCUCUCACUGGCGUUCGGCCUAGCGGUGCUUCUAGUCGCCGCCGCCGCUAUUCCCUUCGUGCCAGAGACCGAGGGCCGCACGCUGGCAGACAUUCACCGCGAAGAGUGA